GGUACCGACAUGGCGCCGCCGCGCGCCCGCCGCCAGCCCCGCGGAGCGCCGGUCCCUGCGAACCCACUGCCCGCCUUCCCUACCACCGCCGAGGAGGACGAUGGUGCCGAUGCUGAGCUGGACACUCAGGCCAUGGUGCGGGCCCAGAACCAGAAGAAGAAGAAAUCUGGAGGCUUCCAGUCCAUGGGCCUCAGCUACCCUGUCUUCAAGGGCAUCAUGAAGAAGGGCUACAAGGUGCCCACUCCCAUCCAGAGGAAGACCAUCCCCGCCAUCCUGCGUGGCCGGGAUGUGGUGGCGAUGGCACGGACGGGCAGCGGGAAGACGGCCUGUUUCCUCAUCCCCAUGUUCGAGCGGCUCAAGGCGCCCAGCCAGGCCGGGGCACGCGCCCUCAUCCUCUCGCCCACCCGGGAGCUGGCCCUGCAGACCCUCAAGUUCACCAAGGAGCUGGGCAAGUUCACCGGCUUGAAGACAGCCCUGAUCCUGGGAGGAGACAAGAUGGAGGAUCAGUUUGCUGCCCUGCAUGAGAACCCCGACAUAAUCAUCGCCACCCCUGGGCGCCUGGUGCACGUGGCGGUGGAGAUGAAGCUGAAGCUGCACACCGUGGAGUACGUGGUGUUCGACGAGGCCGACAGGCUCUUUGAGAUGGGCUUUGCUGAGCAGCUCCAGGAGAUCAUCGCCCGGCUCCCAGACUGCCACCAGACCGUGCUGUUCUCCGCCACGCUGCCAAAGCUGCUCGUCGAGUUUGCCCGGGCUGGCCUCACUGAGCCCAUGCUGAUCCGCCUGGAUGUGGAGUCCAAGCUGAGUGAGCAGCUCAAGCUGGUGUUCUUCCACGUGCGUGGGGACGACAAACCGGCCGUGCUGCUCCACCUGCUCCGCAGCGUGGUGAAGCCCCAGGACCAGACAGUCGUCUUCGUGGCCACCAAGCACCACACAGAGUAUCUGAGGGAGCUGCUGACGGCACAGGGCAUCCGCUGCACCCACAUCUACAGCUCUCUGGACCAGACUGCCCGCAAGAUCAACAUUGCCAAGUUCUCCCAGGGCAAGUGCCCAGUGCUGCUGGUCACCGACGUGGCCGCCCGGGGGCUGGACAUCCCCAUGCUGGACAAUGUCAUCAACUUCAGCUUCCCCGCCAAGGGCAAGCUGUUCCUGCAUCGUGUCGGCCGCGUGGCCCGAGCUGGCCGGAGUGGCACUGCCUACUCGCUGGUGGCUCCCGACGAGAUGCCCUACGUGUUCGACCUCCACCUCUUCCUGGGGCGCCCGCUCGUCCUCGCCGGAGCCCAGGAGAUGCCUGCUGAUGCUGGCGGGGUCCUGGGCCGUGUCCCGCAGAGCCUGGUGGAUGACGAGGAAUGCCUGCUGCUGACAGACCACGAGGGCUCUCUGGAGCUGCGCAGCCUCCGCCGCGUCGCAGACAACGCCCACAAGCAGUACCUGCGCUCCCGGCCCGGCCCCUCGCCAGAGUCCAUCAAGAGAGCCAAGGACCUGGAUGUGUCCCAGCUGGGCAUGCACCCCCUCUUCAGAGCUCGCUUCGAAGACACCGAGCUGCAGAGGCUGAAGUUGGUGGAUAGCAUCAAAACCUACAAGUCCAAGGCAACCAUCUUUGAGAUCAACGCCACAUCCCGGACACCGGCCAGCACGGUGAUGCGAUCCAAGCGGCGCCACGACCACGCCCUGAUCGAGAAGUUCCAGCGUGGGCAGCAGGAGAAGCGGGCAGCAGCACUUAAAGGGCAGGGGCUGUGCCCAGCCCCUCCCGAACCCCAGGAUGGGGAAGGAGAACAGGAGGACCUCCAGGACGUGUUCUCCAAUGUGGGGAGCCAGAAGCGAAAACGUGGCCGAGGAGAAGGAGAAGAUGGUCCCAGGAAAAAGCCGCAGCAGCCGGCACAGCAGGACGAGGACUUUUACAUCCCAUACCGGCCCAAGGACUUUGAGAGUGAGCGGGGGCUGAGCGUGGGCGGCGAGGGCAGCGCCUUCGAGCAGCAGGCGGCCGGGGCCGUGCUGGAUCUCAUGGGCGACGAGAACCACAACCUCAACAAGAGCAAGCAGCUGCUCAAGUGGGACCGCAAGAAGAAGCGGUUUGUGGGGCAGACGGGGCACGAGGACAAGAAGAAGGUGCGGACGGAGAGCGGGCGCUACAUCAGCAGCUCCUACAAGAACAACCUCUACGAGAAAUGGAAGCAGAAGUACAAGGUUGACGAGCGGGAUGAGGAUGAGGAAGGGCCCCGCAGCAGGGAGCAGUUCAGAGGGAAGCACAGGCGUGGGCACGGGCCCACGCAGCCCCCGGCGCAGGGCAGGGUGCGCUCGGAGCUGAAGAACAAGCAGCAGAUCCUGAAGCAGCGCAAGAAGGCGGCCAAGCAGCGCUUCCUGCAGAGCGGGGGCCUGAAGCGCCUCAAGGCCCGGAACCGGCAGCGGGUGCAGGAGCUGCGGCAAAUGGCCUUCGGGCGCCGGGUGGGCGCUGCCAAGAAGGGCAAGCUGAGGAAGAGGAUGUAGGGGACACGUCCCCUACGCCUGGGCCGGGAGCUGGGGAAGGGGACAGUAAAUAUUGCCUGGUUUUGAA